GCAAAUUUCUUAGUCAAUUCAACAAACAAUGUAUUAUGUAUAUAUCAUAACAUGUUCUAAUCACUCUGUUCCAAAGAAGAAGAUAAAUAAGAAGAGCAACUUUGUUCAUUUCUAUUCACAAGAACAAAAGGUUUCCGUUUGUUUCAACUAAGGAAGGAUGAAGCAAAAAAUAGUUAUAAAGUUAUCAAUGGACAAAGAGAAAUGCAGAAACAAAGCCCUCAAAACUGCUGCUAAUGUCAAAGGUGUGACUUCAGUUUCAUUGGAAGGAGAUGACAAAGAUAAGGUAUCAGUUACCGGUGAUAAUGUAGACACAGUUUGCUUAGCCAACGAACUUCUCAAAAAAUUCAAAAAUGUCACAAUUCUAAGUGUGGAAGAAGUGAAAAAGAAAACUGAAGAAGAAAAGAAAAAGGAGGAAGAAAAGAAAAAAGAAGAAGAAAAGAAAAAGAUGAUGGAAGCAUGUCGUGCCGUUUUGCAUGGUUCUUGCAUCAAGUGUCAUAGCAUGAGUUGUAAUGGUAAGUGUUCAUGCACAAAAUGUUCAAGUCCAAAGUGUGAUGGAAAACUUUGUGUCACUAUUUGCUUUAAGUGUGAAAAUCCAAAGAGUUGUUGUGAGUGUAUGUCAUGUUGCUCCAGUUGUGACCACAAAUAGUGUGAUGGUGAUUAAAGAAUUAAGAAGCCUCCUUCACCAUACAGUGUCCUCAAUGGUGCACAUGUCCUAAGUUUAUGCUCCAUAGCUUUGGUUGGUAGUGUUUUUUUUAAGAGAGCAAAAAUAAUAUAUUAUAAAUUAUAUGCCAAAAUACAUAAGAAAAUCUCAAGACAAUGUCACCUUGCUGUACA